AUGCCGCCGGCGAAACGCGCAAAGAAACGCACUCCCUCUUCCCAACUGCCUCCAAGAUCCUCGCCCAGAGAAGUCCAUAGGGAGAAGUACAGGGAAAAGCAAGAAACACAAGCAACAAAACCCCAACAACACAAAGAUACCACACGCCCAAUAUCCCCUCCUGAAGAUACAUCCGUGCCACUCAACCCCUCCCUUCUCGACGAAGCUGAAGUAGUCCCUGGACUCUCUGACCCCGACACCGUCACCGACACCAACGCCAGCACAAAGCCAACAUCCCCAACGGAACCGGAGCACUCAAGCCACCACCGCGGAGGCGGAAGCGGCGGCUUCAACGCCCUGAAAACCUUCAAGGGCAAGGUCUACACCGGCGUGGCCGUCGGUGGCUCGUACACCUGGGAAUACCAUCCGGGCCUCUGGCACGAGACCAAGAAGGAGCCGGAUCUGUGGAAGAUAGACUACCGCGCGACGAAGCAGCGGGCAGGACGCCGGCGGGCGCCGCAGGGCACCGGCGCGGCGGUCGGCACCGAGUAUCACUGGUUCAUCGUCGCGCACCAGUUCGUCAGGAAGCUGGAUGCGAACACAUACGAGACGCGCAUGGCUGGUUCGAAGUAUAAGCUUGCGCAUCGGCGGGCGGGGGCGGGGAGGUGGUCGGUUCCGAGCGUCAAGGGCCAGCGGGAGAGGGAGGUGGAGUUGCUGAAGGAUGCGGGGAGGAGGGUGAAGGGGUUGCCGCCUGUGCUGGCUGGGGAGAAGGUUCGGGUUGAGAAGAGUGAGAAGGGUCAACAGAGGCUUGAUGUGUUGUUUGGGGCUGGGAAAGGGGGGGUUGGGGGUGGGGGGUGGGGGUGGGGGUGGAGGGAGCGAAUAGGAAAAACAAGCUUUCUUGAUGGCAGCGAUAACGAUGCGGUGGGCUGA